AUGCGCUCUGUUGCCUUCGCUGCUCUCAUCGGCUCUGCCGCUGCCUUCGCUCCUUCCACUCCCGCUCCCCGCCUUCGCUCCCCGGCCACCUCCCUCUCCAUGGCCAUGGACAAGUCCGGACGCGCUCCCGUUGUCACCAUCUUCGACCACAGGGGAUGCACCGCUCACGCCAACAAGGAGUACACCGGCGCCAAGGCCAACUCCCAGGACGACGAGAUGCUCGUCAAGGCCCAGUCUGUCAAGAUCGAGGUCUCUGCUGCCACCGCCGACUCCGUCCUCCAGCAGACCAUCUCCACUCUCAAGAGGAGAUAAGCGGAUCGCUCAAGAGAUCAGCGGAUCCUUAUUAGUUCGCAUGGCCCCAUAGGCUCGUAGAUUAGAGUAUUAUAUGAGUGAAGCGUAUUCUUUCGAUGCCA